AUGAGGAUUGACAGCAACUAUACGCCGGACUUUUCAAAAAGUGAAAGAGAUGGACGAACUCUAACUAAAGAUUGGUUUUAUAAAGUUUUAAAAAAUGGAUCGAAGGUGAAACGAUCUUUUUUAGCUUACAGUGAGACUAAAAAUUCUUUAUACUGCAUUUCUUGCAGAAUGUUUUCUCAUAUGUUUUCACAUGAGUCUAAAAUGUCAUCCUUAGCCAAGGAAGAAGGAUUAGCAAAUUGGAAAAAACUAAGUGACAAAAUACCAGAACAUGAGAAUUCUUCCAAUCAUAAACAUUACUUUUGUACGUGGAAAUCUUUAGAAACAUCUCUCGGAAUGGGAGGCAUAGACAAAGAACUCCAAGACGCAAUUCAAAAAGAAGAAACUCACUGGAAAGAAGUUUUACACUGUAUUGUUGUUGCAAUUUUAUAUUUAGCAAAGCAAGGGAGUCCUUUUAGAGGAACAAACGAAAGGUGUGAUUUUGAAAAUCCUAGCAGUGGAAAAUUUCUUAACACAAUAGCUCUUUUGUCCCACUACAAUGUUCCACUUCAAAAACAUAUUGAACGUCAUAAGAAAGGGCAGAUCAGUUAUUUUUCAUCGGAUAUUCAGGACGAAUUUCUUGAUAUAAUUGCUGACAAAAUAAGACAAGAUAUUAUUCAAAAUGUAAAAAAAGCUAAAUAUUUUGCAUUAAUGUUCGACUGUACACCAGACAUCAGUAACAAUGAACAAAUGACAGAAAUAAUCCGUUAUGUGAAUGGGACUGAAGUUGUGGAGAGCUUUCUAGAUUUUUUUCUUGUUUCUGACAAAACUGGGGAAGGUCUUUCUCAAGAAAUUAUUAAAAAGGUAAAAAAUGAUGGCUUAGAUUUGGAACUAUGUAGAGCCCAAUCAUAUGAUAAUGGCUCCAAUAUGGCUGGAAAAUACAAAGGAGUGCAAGCUAGAAUAUUGAAAGAAAAUAAAUACGCAUAUUUUUUGCCGUGCUCCGCUCAUUCGUUGAACUUGGUCGGAGUUCACGCUGCUGAUGCUUGUCUUUCAGCUUCAAAUUAUUUCGGAGUGUUGCACUCCCUUUAUAACUAUUUUAGUCGGUCCACUUCAAGGUGGGAAGUACUGCAAAAACACGUUCCCUUAACUUUGAAGGCAGAAAGUAAAACAAGAUGGUCAGCAAGACUUGAGUCGGUCGAAGUCAUCUUCAAACAUAUACAUAAAAUAUUUUUAGCUCUUGACGAGUUAUGUACUAAUGGAUCCACGCCGGAGACUAAAACUGAAGCUAAAAUUCUAAUGGGUCAAAUGAAAGAUUUUCAAUUUUCAGUUCUAACUUCCUUUUGGUACAGUGUACUAAAGCCAAUUGACAGAGCCAAUAAAUUCCUUCAGGGAAAAGACGUAACAGUUGACAGAGCAAUGAGAAACAUACAAGGGCUAAUAAAUUUGUUGUCAUCAAAAAGAGAAAACUUGGUAUCAGAGGCAAUGGCAGAUGCCAAAAUCAUGGCUCAAAACAAUGGCUUAGAAACUGACUUUAAAGAAAAAAGAAGAUGA